AUGUCUCCUCAUUCACAUAGAAAGGAUACUUCAAACAGAUCAGUAGACCAUAAAGGUAGUAGAUUAUCGUCGCAAGAUGCGCAAAUUGUUAAUGAAGGUGACCGUGAAGCUCCGAUUGAUGAAGAGGAACGAGAAGAUGGAUCUUAUUGCAAAGAAUAUUUUCGAUAUGAAAACAUUGUUGUGUUAAUUAAUAAAAAUAGUCAUAAUUUGUUGAACAUAAUGCAGUUUAUUAUUGGAAAGUACUCAGAAACAUCAACCGAUAUACAGAAGCCUCAGAGGGAGAGCGAUAUUUUAGAUCAAAGUGAAAUACGAACAUAUCAGUCAGCACACAGGACAGAAAAGGAAGAACAAACAGGAAAUGGAGAUGAGUAUGAAAAAUUGAAGCAGCAAAAGGAAGAAGUUGAACGUGAGCUGAUUGAAAAAGAAAGAAGGUUGAAUAAUUUGGUACAAACAAUCAAUGAUUUGCAAUUUAAAUUGAGCGAGCAAAAACAAUAUUCUGAUGUUACCCAAGCCAGGGUCAAAGAUUUGGAGACAAUGCUAGAUGAAGAAAGGAAUAAAGGAGAAUCAUUAAUGAACCUCAAUACGGAAUUAAAUAUGAAAAUCGAAAGUCUUUCACUUUCUCAACAGCCUGAAAUCGAAUAUGAUGGCUUGCGACAGUCGCCAAAAGCUGAAUUAGAAGAGAAAAAUUAUGAAAUUGAGAAACUGAACAAAAAGAUCGAUGAAUUGAAAUUAAAUCUUGACGAAUAUACACAAUGGUUAGAAGAAGCAAAUGACAGAACAAAUCAUCUGGAAAAUGUGUGCAAAGAGAGAGAUUGUGUUAUCGAUGAUGUGACAAAUAAACUUCAUGACGUAGAACGUCGUCUUCACGACAUUUCAACUCCUCAAAGUACUGAGAAUUUGAAUUCUUUGAUAGAUGAUCUGCGUAAAGAAAUUAACCAAAAGAAUGAUUACAUCGAUCAGUUAGAAAAAGCCAAGAACGAUGCGCAAUGGUAUCUUGGCGAGCAUCAACAUUGGCUACAAGAUGCUAAUACCAAAAUUGGUAUUCUGGAAAAUGAAAAAUUAGAAGGAUGGCGAAAAGUUUGUGAGUUGGAAGAAAUGCUUAGUCAGGCUGAAAUUGUUGCUGCCACAAUUGAUAAUUACAGUGAAAUGAAAGGAAAAAUGGAGGAAUUGGAACAAAUUAUUGAGGAGAAAAAGCGUGAAUAUGAUAAAUUAAACGAGCAAAAAAAUGAAAUAGAAGUUAUUUUGGAAGAUGCUAAAAAACGGAUUCAAUAUUUGGAAGAUGAGGAAGCUGAAAAAGAUCUUUUGAUUUUAUCGAUAAGUAAAGAAUUGGGCGAAUUAAAAGCGGUACGGAUUGAUGCUUUUCAACAGUUGCAUGAAAAAAUCGAUAGCUUGGAAAUAUGUUUGAAGAAAAAAGAACAACAACAAAUAAUAAAAGCUGAAUCAGGCGAUGCUGAAAUUGAAUAUAAGAAAGUUAAAUGGUUGUUGGAAGAUUUGGAAGAGGAUAUUUUCGAUGUGGACGAUGAUCAUUUCAAUGAUUCAAUUGAACCGAAAAAUAAAACUGACUUAACUUUUAUAGAACAGUUCAAGAGAAGGAUCAAAGAACUGGAAAAUGCCACGCAAAAAUUUAAAAAUGAUAAAGAUGCAGCAAUAGCAAAGCUUUAUGAAAUUGAACCAAAGAUGGAAGAUUUGAAGAAAGAAAUACAGGAAAAAGAUCAACAAAUAAUACAAAUGGAAAAAGAUUUCAAUGAAAAGCAAAACGAACUUAAUUCAUUCCGUUUGAGAAUCGAUGAAUUAUUGCAUGAAUUGAAUGAAACAAACCAGAAUGCCAUAAGUAAUGAACAGAAGAGGAUGGAUACCGAAUGGAGUUUAGGUGAACAUCGCCAAUGGCUCGCAGAUUCAAAGAAUAAGAUUGAUGAACUUGAAAAUAAGUUGCAAAUGAUUGGUCAAGAAAAUGAUAGCUUACGAGAAGAGAUUGAAAAAUUAAACAGUAAUAUCAGAACUUCAAAGAAGGCUAUUGAUAGCCUACAGAAAGAAAUUGGUGAUAAGGAUGAGCAACUUAAUUAUAUGUUAAAGCAGAAAAAUGAUGCUGAAUGGAAUGUUGGUGAACAACAGCAACUGUUAAAGAAUGCCAAUAACAGGAUCAACGAAUUGGAAUCUGUUUUGAAUGAAAAGAAUUAUUUCAUCGAAGAGCUGAAGAAGCACAAUGAGGAACGUUAUGUUUCAUUACGAUCUUAUAAUUCUAACGUUUUCAUUUUCAAAGUUAAUGAAUUGGCUGCUUUGCGUGUAAAACUUCAAGAUGCUGAGAAAGCACUUACUGAAACUCCAAGCCAAGAUAAAAUGAAGUAA